GGUCCUGUCUGGGGCUGGGGCUGGGACUGGGGCAGGGUCAUUGAAGGGAUGUUCGGUUAUUUCCCCGCUGCUGAAUACGGUGGGGGUGACAGAUGAGAGGACGUAAAUCAAACUACUCGGGGGUUAACUCUGCUGCAGGGCCGAGGAGCCCCUCACCAAGGUCUGAGUUGAGCUUGGUUUUGGGUCGGAUGUGACGUGAGUUGCAAAGUGAAAGUACACUGAACGUUUCUCGUUUGCAGCGGCCGGUGGAUUUGUGAGGCCGCCGCCGAUAAUUCUGUCGGGAUUCGAAUCUCCAGAAUAGGCUUCAGCCAUUCAGUGAGCAGAUGGAGGCCUGGGCACUGAUCCUGAUCCUCCUCGGGAUUAAUUCCAGUCUGGCAGGUGCCUCAGAUGAAUUUGUGGUUACAGCUCCACUAAAGCCCAUUGUGGCUUUUGUUGGGAAGGAUGUCAUCCUGGAUUGCCAGCUAGUGCCAGGCCGCCUCCCAAACAACAUGGAGUUGCGCUGGAUCAAUGUAGCACUGUCCUACACGUCACCUGUCCACGUGUACAAGGGGGGAGCAGAUGACCUGACUCAGCAAGCUCCUGCCUACCAGGGCAGGACCCAGCUGUUCCCUGACCUGAUCCCAAAGGGCAACCUCUCCCUCAAGCUGAAGGAUGUGCGGGUGACCGACGAUGGACAGUAUAAGUGCUUUGUAGCGUCCCAACUUGCCCAAAACGAGAUCAAGAUGACCUUGAAAGUAACAGGCACAGGGAACCAACCUUGGAUUGAGAUGAUGGGCUAUACGAGAAACGGCAUCAGCCUGGGUUGUAGAUCGGAGGGAUGGUUCCCAAAACCGCUUGUCCAGUGGAUGGAUGGGAAUGGAGUCAAUGUGAUGGUGAAGCCAAAAACCACACACCAUAAGGAUUCCCGGCAAUUGUUUAAAGUUCAGAGCACCAUUGAGGUCUCCCAGGACUCCAUGAACACCUACUCCUGUCGGGUUUUCAACGUGGCCCUGAAUGAGUCUAUGCAAGCUGGCAUCCAUAUCUCAGAUAGCUUCUUCCCUCACCCCUCGGGCUGGCUGGUGGCGUUCUGGAUCCUGGUGGUCUUGGUGUUUGCAGCACUUGGUUUGGCUUACUUCUACCAUCGCAAAAUGAUGGAGCGCAUUGCCGCUGUGAAGAAAUCUGCAGGUGCUCUAGAGAAUGAUGCACUGAGAGAUAGAAUUGAUGAACAGCAAAAGUUUGCAGAACAAGAGUAUGAAAGGCUGCGCAAGGAGAAAGAGAAAACAGUACAAAUGGCGAGAUCAGAGCUCGAGAAACUUCGCCAGGAAUUUGCAGAGGAGAGGCUUGCCAUCAGAACAGAGCAUGAGAGGCAGGAGAAGAUUUUUGCUGAUGAGAGGGAUGCUGUAUCAGAAGAGUACAAGAAGCUCAAGGCUGAAUUUGAGCAAUGGAGACCCCUUGUCAAGUCAGAAUGGGACAGGAUACGAAGUCAUGCAGUUGCUGUGUAUCCAGAUCCUAAGACUGCAAGUGGAAGUCUGGAGGUGUCUUCAUCGAGGAUCAGUGCGAGAGUUGGAGAGCCAGUGACUGUUCCCGAACUCCCGGAACGAUUUGACUCAGUCCCAUAUGUGCUGGGGAUGGAGGGGUUCGUGACAGGUGCAUACUUCUGGGAGGUGGAGGUAGCCUCAAAGGGUUAUUGGGACAUUGGUGUUGCCAGUGAAUCUGUCCAGCGGAAGGGUAUGCCCAACCUGUCCUCCAACAACGGCUUCUGGACAUUUGGACGGGACGGGGAGCCAUACGCAGUGAGCGACAAGACUCACUCCAGUGUCACAGUGACAACCAGGCCAACAAAGAUUGGAGUUUUCCUGGACAUGCAGGCUGGGAAGGUGUCCUUCUACAAUGCUGACACUAUGUUCCAUCUCUACACUUUCAACACCAAUUUCUCAGGCAAAGUCUACCCAUUUUUCUCACCUGGGUGGAGUGAAUCACCAUUGACAAUUUGCCCAGUUAACAGCUAGCCAACUGCUGGUUCAGUACCUAAUCACUUUGUCAAGCACUAGUUGCCACAUUGGAGAAAUUUGCAUUUGUUUUAAAAUAAUGAUGGAGCUGAGUUUCUAGGUGAAGAAAUGACUGAACUUAGAAUCGUAGGAGAAUGAAAAAUGCAUGAAUUGGACAUAUUAUUUUCUCCUGGGAUUUGGCCAGCACUAUUUUUUAACCAAGUUUCUUGCUGGACCACUUCAGAAAGUGCACAAGAAUUAGCUACCUUGCUGUGGUUCUGGAGUCACAAGUAGACCAUGAGUGAGCAAGGGCAAUAGAUUUCCUUCCCUGAAGAAUGUUAUUGAACCAAGUGGGUUUUCUCAACUAUCCAAUAGUUUCUGACAACUGUUAAGGUGACCUUUCUUAAUAGUCUAGAUCCACUGAAUUACAUGUAGGUGUAAUUCAGUACAUUUCCUCCCACAUUCCAAAGACUUACAGGUUAGGAAGUGUGGGCACGCUAUGUUCGUGCUGGAAGUGUGGUGACACUUGCAGACUGCUUCCAGAACACACUAUGCAAAAAAAAAGAUGCAUUUCACUCUGGAAUAGACUAUUGCAUUGUUUAACCCGUUUUCUUGCACUGUGAAACCCAAUGUUGUUCCAUAUCACACUGAAGUACAGAUUCUUGAGAACUCUUAUCAGUGUUUAAGGAUGUAAAGGAGAAAAUCUCGAGCAGCAUGGAAUACAGAAAUUUAAAAGUUUGGACAAUGAUUCUCUGCUCCUCUGCAGGCAACACUGUAAUGGACUCACUGGUGUAUAAACAGUUCAUUACCAAGAACUGUUAAGAGUCAGAGUAAUACAGAAACAGGCCCUUUAGCCCAACUUGUCCAUGCCAACCAUGGUGCCCACCAAACUAGUCCCCUUUUCCCGCAUUUCACCCAUAUCCCUCUAAACCCCUCCUAUCUCUGUACUUACCCAAAUGUUUUUUGAAGUUAUUAUUGUACCUGCCUUCAACCACUUUCUCUGACAGCCCAUUCCAUAUACGCAUCAUGCUCUGUAAAGAAGUUGCCCCUCAAGUCCCUUUUAAAUCUUUCACCUCCCAUUUUAAACCUAUGUCCUCAACUUUUAAGUUCCACUUCCCUGGGAAAAAAAGACAAGAGUGUUCAUCCUAUCUAUGCCUCUCAUGAUUUUACACACCUCUAUAAAGUCACCCCUCAAUCUCCUACAUUCAAAGGAAUGAAGUCCUGGUCUGCCCACCCUCUCCCUGUAACUUAGGCCCUCAAGUCCUAGCAGCAUCCUUGUAAAUAUUCUUCUCCAGUUUAACAAGGAGAAUUUGAGUUUGACAAGAUUCCCCAUGAUAGGCUCAUCCAGAAAGUCAUGACACAUGGGAUCCAUGGAAACUUGGCUGCGUGGAUUUGGAAUUGGCUUGCCCACAGAAGGCAGAGGGUGGUAGUAGAUGGAAAGUAUUCUGCCUGGAGGUCCGUGACUAGUGGUGUUCUGUAGGGCUCUGUUCUGGGACCCCUGCUCUUUGUGACUUUUAUAAAUGGCUUGGAUGAGGAAGUGGAGGGGUGGGUUAGUAAGAGUGCAGAUGACACGAAAGUUGCAGGCAUUGUGGAUGGUGUAGAAAGUUGUCAUAGGUUACAGUGGGAUAUUAGACAGGAUGCAGAGUUGGAUGGUGAAGUGGCAGAUGGAGUUCAAUCCAGAAAAGUGAAGUGAUACACUUUGGAAGAACUAAUGUGAAGGUGGAGUACAAAGUUAAUGGCAGAAUUCUUAGCAGUUUGGAGGAACAGAGGGAUCUUGGGGUCCACGUCCAUAGAUCCCUCAAAGUUGCCAUGCAAUAUGAUAGGGUGGUUAAGAAGGCUGUGCUGGCCUUCAUUAGUCGGGGUAUUGAGUUCAAGAGCCGCAAGGUGAUGCUGCAACUCUAUAAAGCUCUGGUUAGACCACACAAGAGUAUUGUGUUCCAUUCUGGUCACCUCAUUAUAGGAAGGAUGUGGAAGCUUUAGAGAAGGUGCAGAGAUUUACCAGGAUGCUGCCUGGAUUAGAGAACAUCUUGUGAGGAAAGGUUGAGUGAGCUCGGGCUUUUCUCUUUGGAGCAACAGAGAAUGAGAGGUGACUUGAUAGAGGUGUACGAGAUCAUGAGAGGCAUAGAUAGUGGACAGCCAGCAUCUUUUUCCCAGGAUGGCAUUGGCCAAUACCAGAGAACAUCUAUUUAAGUUGAGUGGAGGAAAGUUUAGGAGAGAUGUCAGAGGUAGGUUUUGUUUUUACACAGAGUGGUGGAUGCCUGCAAUGCACUGCUGGGGGUGGUGGUAGUAGAGGCUGAUACAAUAGGGACAUUUAAAACACUCUUAGAUAGUCACAUGGAUGUAAUAAAAAUGAAGGGUUAUGGGCUGUGUAGGAGGGAAGGGUUAAGUUGAUCAGGGAGUAGGUUUACAUAGGUCGGCACAACAUUGUGGGCUGAAGGGCUCGUACUGUGCUGUACUGUUCUAUGGUCUAUGUUUAAUGAUGUCUUUACUAUAACAGGGCAACCAAAACUGUACACAAUACUCCAAGUGUGGUCUCACUAACAUCUUGUACAACUGAAAUACAAUGUCCCAACUCCUAUAGUCAAUGCCCUGACUGAUGAAGGCCAGCAUACCAAACACCUACACCCCCUUGUCUACCUGUGAUGCCACUUUCAGCGAACUAUGUACCUGUACUCCUAAGUCCCUGUUUCACAACACUCCCAAGGGCCUGACCAUUCACUGUAAAGUUCUACCCUAAUUUUAGUAUCCUCCACAAACUUACUAACAUUGCCUUGUACAUGUCCAUCCAAAUCAGUUAUAUAAAUAACAAACAUCAAAGGUCCCAGAACCGACCCCUGUGGCACACCACUAGUGACAGGCUUCCAGUCUGAGAAACAACCUUGGCAUUUUUUUAAAAGGUCAAGAUAUGGCACAUAUUUUAGUAUAGGUGGCCAACAAGGUUGGCAUGGAUGUGGCAGCCCAUUUCUGUGCUGUAUGGCUCUAAUUUAUUUGUAUAUGUUGUAAAUAUUUAUAUAUUUUGUAUAUAGCCAUGAUUACUACUGAACAAUAUCUUUGGCAAACCUAUUUCUGUUCUUAAUUGCAUGUUUCAGAAUGAAAUAUUAAAAUAGAAUUUUCUUAUUUUUACAAGUUAAUAUUUCCGUUUCUGCAUUCUGUUAUUGCUUUUCCAAUGAAAUAAUCUGUAUGGAUGGUACUGUACCUCUGUAAAUGUGACACUAAUAUUUACCAAUUUCAUGUUCUAAUCUUACUUUCAUAGUCAGUGCUGUAAAAUGUUUUAAAAGGUAUAAUUAAAAAAUGAUUGGCUGCUC